AUGGGUCAGCAUGUAGCAAAGCAUCCAGACAGAGUGUUCGUUACUUUUGAAAACGAGACAUUUUCCUAUCGGGAUGCCGACAGAAGAAGCAACAAAAUCGCGCAGGCUUUAAAAAGGCACGGUGGUCUGAAAGAAGGGGACACGGUUGCCCUGUUCUGUUCAUGGAACGAACCUGCGUUCGUUUUCUGCUGGCUCGCGCUCGCCAAGCUGGGCUGCACCGCGGCGCUGCUCAAUACUAACAUCCGAGCUAAAUCGCUCCUGCACUGCUUUAACUGCUGUGGGGCAAAGGUCGUAAUCACAACCCCUGAGCUUGGAGAUGCUGUGAGCAACGUGCUGCCAUCUCUGAAGGAGCUCAGUGUCACCGUGUUUGUCUUGACGAAGCAAUGGAAUACUCCAGGAAUGAAGACUUUGGUGGACAAGAUCGAGGAGGCACCAGAUGAACCCAUUCCACUGUCUGCAAGGUCAAAGGCAACAUUUCAUAGUCCAGCUCUGUACAUUUACACAUCUGGGACAACAGGCCUACCCAAACCUGCUGUGUUCAACCAGGGACGUCUCGUGAGUGCCAUGAUGUUGUUGAGUUCUAACGGAGUCAAGCAGGAGGAUGUGGUCUACAUUAACCUGCCCCUAUACCAUGCAACUGCUUUUAUUCUAGGUUUUAUCGGUUGCAUAGACACAGGCUCAUCAAUCAUAUUAAGUCGCAAGUUCUCGGCAUCUCAGUUCUGGAAUGACUGCAGAAAGCACAACGUGACAGUGAUCCAGUACAUCGGAGAGGUCUUGCGCUACCUCUGCAACACUCCAAAGAGAGACAAUGACUGAGAUCACAGAGUAAGACUUGCUGUAGGCAGUGGUGUCAGAGCAGAAGUAUGGAAGGAGUUCCUUAAUAGAUUUGGGAAUAUCAAAAUUCAAGAAUUCUAUGAAAUCACUGAAGGAAACGUUUGUUUCAUAAACUAUGCAGGAAAGACUGGUGCAAUUGGACGGGAAAUCUUCAUACUAAAGAAACUGCUCUACUAUGCUUUUAUUCAAUAUGACACUAUAAAAGAUGAGCCAGUAAGAGACUCCAAUGGCUUUUGUAUUGAAGCGCGCAGAGGAGAGACAGGACUGUUGGUGUGCAAGAUAACAAAAUUUACCCCUUUUACCGGGUAUGCAAGAAACUCCCAUCAGACAGAGAAGAAGAAGCUAUAUAAUGUCUUUCAGAAAGGGGAUGUGUACUUCAACACUGGAGACUUGCUGAAGGUUGAUAAGGACAACUUCAUCUACUUCCAGGAUUGUGUUGGGGAUACUUUCAGGUGGAAAGGAGAGAAUGUAUCUACAACAGAAGUUUCAGACAUUCUGACAAUGUUGGAUUUUAUUGCAGAAGCAAAUGUUUACGGUGUUGAGAUUAAAGGUCAUGAGGGGAGGAUAGGAAUGGCUGCAGUAAUACUGAAAGAAAAGCAGCAGUUUGAUGGUACCCAAAUGUUCAAUCAUGUCGCCAGCUAUCUACCUGCUUAUUCCCGGCCACGUUUUUUGAGAAUUCAGGAUUCCUUGGACAUAACUGGGACAUUUAAACAGAUGAAAGCAAAGCUGGUGCAGGAGGGUUUCAAUUCAGCUGUGAUCCAAGAUCCCUUAUACUUCCUGGAUGAAAAUAAGAAGAGCUAUGUGCCAAUGACACAAGAAAUUAACAACUUAAUUAUGUCAGGGAACAUUAAACUGUGA